AUGGAAGGGAACAUCACCCACUAUCGAAUCCUAGUAAACCCAAACAAAGAGACGGUUGAGAGAUCCCCUGACACUGUCAUCGCGAGGGUCUUGGAAAUCUUAGUCAAUAAAAACAACCACCCCGUCUUGGUACACUGCAAUAAGGGCAAGCAUCGUACCGGUUGCGUUAUUGCCUGUUUGCGAAAACUCCAAGGUUGGAGUCUCGAUACGAUCAUUCCCGAAUAUCUUAGUUUCUCGCAUCCCAAGUCUCGUCUCCUUGAUGAGAAAUUCAUCGAAGAGUUCGAUGUCUCGAAAUUUAUACAUCUGAGUCACCCCCUGAGAGCGCCCCCUUGGUCUCUUCCCGCCAGCCCAAAUCUCUGUCUUGACAAUGAAGAAGACUGUCCUUCACCUACCAAAUGGUAUAUGCAACCGUCCGUGAGCAGGGUGAAUGCUUUUUAA